CCCCUGCACCUCCUCUCCACCUCCCGUCCCACUCCCACCUCCUCAAUUGUCUCUCCCCAACGAGGCACACACCACCAAUUCCCUCGCCACACAUGAUGACGGUGCGAGAGCAGCGGGACUAGGCUCGUCGUCGCCCACCCUAUGUCUGUCACCCUGCGGCGGCACCUGCAACCUUGGAAUUACGAAUCGACAGCAUGGCGGGUCCCGGUGAGAAGGCGGCGGUGGGAGGCGGGGGAACAGAGAGGCGCAAGUACCCGAUCCACGUGGAGGACUACGAGCUCUAUGAGGAGAUCGGGCAGGGCGUCAGCGCCAUCGUCUACCGAGCGCUCUGCAAGCCACUCGACGAGAUCGUCGCCGUCAAGGUGCUCGACUUCGAGCGCACCAACAGCGACCUGAACAACAUCGUUCGCGAAGCUCAAACAAUGAUUCUGAUAGACCACCCUAACGUUGUCAAGGCACAUUGUUCAUUUGCAAAGGACCAAACGUUGUGGGUGGUUAUGCCUUAUAUGGCUGGAGGGUCCUGUCUUCAUAUAAUGAAAUCAGUCCAUCCUACUGGAUUCGAGGAACCCAUCAUUGCAACGAUACUUCGUGAAGUCCUGAAAGGUUUAGAGUAUCUUCACCAUCAUGGCUCUAUACAUCGAGAUGUGAAGGCAGGAAAUAUUCUAGUCGAUGCUCGGGGUGGAAUCAAGCUUGGGGACUUUGGAGUCUCUGCUUGCAUGUUUGAUUCUGGUGAUAGGCAGAGGGCUAGGAAUACUUUUGUGGGAACACCUUGCUGGAUGGCGCCCGAGGUUAUGGAGCAACUACAUGGAUAUGAUUUCAGAGCAGACAUAUGGUCCUUUGGAAUUACUGCACUUGAACUUGCUCAUGGUCAUGCUCCUUUCUCUAAGUACCCUCCCAUGAAGGUCUUGCUUAUGACACUUCAGAAUGCUCCUCCAGGUCUUGACUAUGAAAGAGAUAAGAAAUUCUCGAGGAACUUCAAGCAAAUGGUUGCUAUGUGUUUGGUAAAAGACCCUUCAAGGAGGCCUUCGGCAAAAAGAUUGUUGAAGCAAGCAUUUUUCAAACAAGCUCGUUCCACUGAUUUUAUUGCACGAAAGCUUUUGGAAGGAUUACCUGGCCUUGGUGUUAGAUAUCAAGCUUUGAAGGAAAAGGAUAAAGAUUUAAUGGCUCAAAAGAAAAUGUCUGAUGGAAAGAAAGAAGAAAUCUCGCAGGAUGAAUACAAAAGGGGUAUUAGCAGCUGGACCUUUGACAUGGAUGACCUGAGAUCUCAAGCUUCACUGGGCACAGAAUGUGAAGACAGUAUAUCAUGCAAAGAUUCAGAUAUGUCUUUCUAUGACUUGGACAGCUUACAGGAUCAAGCAUCAGAAGGGCCACAUUUGUCGAGAGAUAUAUCAAUGAAGUAUGAUGCUGACAUUGAAAAUGAUAUGACAGCCAAAGAUAAGUCAGUUGUUUCAUCGCCUGCUUGCUUGUUAAGGAAUGCUUCUAUGCAUGGGACGCCCAUAAACGGUUCUAUCAGGAAAGACAACUCUACAGAAAGCUUUGAUAUGGAAUACCAAGAGAAACAUCCGGACAUUAUUCCAAAUAGCUCAUCCCAUGAAAGGAAGUUUUCUCUUAGUUCUUGUUCAUCAGAUGGACUUCUUUCGUCCAAAGAGAGCUCCAGACAGCAAAGUAGCAUCUACAACCGUGACAAGUGUAAUGGAGCGCCCUUGUAUGUAUCAGAUGAAACAUCUUCUGAAGCUGCUCCUAAGGCACAUAAAUCAGCAGAGGACCAUGAUGAUAGAUCGAAACCUCCACUUAUAAGAGGUCGGUUUAAAGUUAUACCUGGGCAUGUUGACUUUGAUAAGGCUCAACCACCAGGCCUACAGAAGUGUCACAGCAUGCAGACAAUUUCUCGCCUUCCAUCAUUAAGUAUACCCUCUUCCGCAGAAGUUGCAUCAAACAUUAUCGGUGGCUCCUUCUACAUGCAGCUAUAUAGUAUUCUACAGACAAAUCUGCUUCAGAGGGACCAAAUACUUAACGCGAUGAAGCAGGUGAGUGGUUGUGACAUGGCUUCACCAGGCAUACCUUCUAUGGCUUCGCAGUGUAUCCCUUCCGCAAGUCGCUCGUCAUCUCCGUCAGGUGCAGUGUCAGUUGACAGAUCCAUGUUGGAAGCUGCAUAUGAAAGAGAGAAAGAGCUGCUGAAUGAGGUCUUGGAGCUGCAAUGGCGGUUAUUGUGCACACAAGAUGAGGUUCAGAGGCUUAAAGCAAAGACAGCGCAGCAUUGACAGAUCUGAUGCUGAAGCUGCUAAGGGAGCAUUAAGGGCGCGUCAUGACAAGAUGAUCUGUUGAUGCAGUCUUGAAAUGGUUAUUUAGCAUAGAAAGAGAUAUAAAAAGAAUAAGGAUAGAAUACAUUUAAAAAGGAACUAGCAAUGCUCGAGUGUUCAAUCCUGUCUCAGCAGGAUAUUAAUGUUGAUACGAUAUGUGUAUGUGUUUAUGGAUAGCAUGGCGCUGUGUUUUUGUCGGAGCGCAGUUCCCCGGCUGGGGAAAGAUAGCUUAACAUGCCUAUGGUUUUAAUGAAUUCAAAUAGUUGAACAUGUUGUAAAAAAAGUUGAACAUGCCUAUGGUUUUUAAUGUU